CGUUCUUCUCAAUCGUUGCCACUAGUGUUCUCUUAAAAGGCUUAUCUACUUGGCAACCCAGAUCAUCACGCUCAUUGUGGGCUUUGUCAUUUGCGUCGGCAUCAUCAUCCUGCAGCUCACCAAGAUCGACUCAACGCAGCUGAAGGUUCCUGGCCUUGAUCGCCACUCGAAGAUGCUCCUCCAGGCCGUACGCAGCAAGUCCGCCAGCGUCGACGAGGAGAACCUCGUUACACUCGAAAAACCAGGUAUUGACAUGCUCCGCGGCAACUUCGGCACAAUGGGUAUUACCAUACGCGCGCGCACCGCACAGCGCAUGAGCAUGUCAAGUUGCGCUACUAACACUAGCUUGCGGAACCGACUCGGACCCAGCCUUAGCGAGGACGAGCAGGCCCACUACAACGUGACGAGUGGACCUGGCGAUCAGCUCGCGGACCUGCAGAGAUAUCAACUACACGACUUGCCUAUGCCCACCUGGGACAACAUCUCGUUCGCGAGUGACGUCGUGUCGCCACGCAAGCAGACCAUCAAGUCUGGCAACGAAGACCUGACUCGCAAGUAAGCGGCGUCGAAUAGCUCGAUACAAGCAACGGGAUAUCUCACUUCGUGGAAAUGAUAAUUUUACUACGCAU